UCAGACUUGAGAUCAUAUGCUCACAUAGCGGUCGAACAGGAGGGAUACUUCAUACUAUCCGACUCAGCGUGUUUCAGAAUCGUUCUUGCACGGCGAAAUACGUAAAAGAUGAUAAAGAAAAUGGCACCUACGGAAAAUGAGUUUGAUAUACCAGCCAAGAACUGCUACCGGAUGGUGAUUCUGGGUUCCACCAAAGUUGGCAAGACAGCGAUUGUGUCCCGGUUUCUGUAUGGCAAAUUUGAUGACCAGUAUACGCCAACAAUCGAGGACUUUCACAGAAAACUCUACAGUAUCAAAGGAGAUGUUUACCAGCUAGACAUUUUGGAUACCUCUGGAAAUCACCCGUUUCCAGCAAUGCGGAGAUUAUCAAUACUUACAGGUGAUGUCUUUAUCCUGGUGUUCAGCCUGGACAACCGGGAGUCCUUUCAGGAGGUGCAGCGACUAAAGAGACAGAUCUUCGAAACCAAGUCCUUGCUGAAGAAUAAGACCAAAGAGAACGUGGACGUGCCGUUGGUCAUCUGCGGGAACAAGGGCGACCGCGAGUUCUACCGCGAAGUGCAGAGGGAGGAAAUCGAACAGCUUAUAGCUGGGGACGAGCAGUGCGCCUAUUUCGAGAUUUCUGCAAAAAAAAACACAAACGUGGACCAGAUGUUUCAGCGACUCUUCACGUUGGCCAAACUCCCCAACGAAAUGAGCCCAGACCUGCACAGAAAGGUAUCCGUGCAGUACUGCGACAUGCUGCACAGAAAGUCCCUCAAAAACAAGAAGCCAAAGGACAGUGACGCGUACGGCAUCGUGGCUCCGUUUGCGCGGAGACCGAGCGUGCACAGUGACUUGAUGUACAUAAAAGAGAAGGCAGUUGGCGGUGGACAGGCUAAGGACAAGGAGCGGUGCGUAAUUAGCUAAGCUUUCAAGCAAGUGAUUUUGAUGCUAUCCUGAAAUGACUUCGUCAACACAGCAGCAGACUGUCUGAGACUGUCACAGUUCUGCAGCCUGGACGGAGUUCCAGAGGGGUUUCCACGGUGUGCCCAAGUCCUGCCUGCGAACUCUUCAGGCAACGGCUCGGGGCCAGGAUCCCGCCACAUUUCGCGGACUGCAAGCCUCUGUUCUGUGCCGCAAGCGCUUAAAAACAGAGUGUUCAUUUGUUCCGUUGAGCCAGAGAGCUAUGUGAUGUGGCGUUAAACCUGAAACGUGUAAAAUAUGCUUGUCUUAACAUCUGCCUUCAUUCAGUUUUGAGAGGAGACUCCGUGGGUCGGAGUAAUCAACAUUGUUAAACAUGACAACGAAUUGUUUACAUUUUUGUUAUCCUACAUUUUAUAACAGAGAACUGACACUUGAAUGUUUGCUAUCUGAACAAAAAUAUGUGAAUGUGUAUUUAUUAUAAUGUCAACGUUGAUAUUUGCAAUGAAACAAGAGUACAAUAAAAAUGAAAUGACAUGAUA